CCGCCGGCGCCCGUGUCCACAGGACGUGCCGAGUACCGCUCCCGUCGCCGAACACGUGCCGCCGCCGCCGCCGUUGCUAUCAGUGCGAUCGUUGUUGUUAACACACACGCGUGCGACCCGCCGACUAUUCGUACAACGUUUUUUUUUUAUUUUUUAUUUCGUUUUACAAUAUAUAAUAUAAUACGAGUAUAUAUAUAUAUGAAAUUAUAAUAUUGGUGUUUUCAUGCCUCCGUUCGAUUAUAAUAUUGUAAUAUGUUUAUAGUAUAAUAUAUUAUAAUAUUAAUGAUAUAUAUAUAGUAAAAUAUUAACGUCGUUGAUCGUCGUCAUCUGUACAAAAUUCAUUUUUUAAUUUUUUUUCUGUGAUUAUUUUCAUCAUUAUCAUUGUUAUUGUAAUUUUGUAUGAAAAAAAAUAAUAAUACGAUAUCAACACGCAGAAGAGGUACAUAAGCACCUCACACACACACACACACACACCUACACAUAUACAUAAAUACAUACAUACACACACACUCACACAUAUUACACUGCUCUGCGAACGACUGGACAUUGACGGACAUAAUAUUAUUGUGUAAUAUAAUUAUUAUUUUACGAUGAUAAACAAUAAUAAUAAUAUUUAAAUAUUAUUGUUAAAAAAAGUUUUCGUCGCCAUCGCGGGCGCGUGCAGUGCGUUUGCGACACAGUGCGCCGUGUGUGAAUAUAUAGGUACUAUAUUUAGACUGGGAAUAAUAAUAUAAUUGUUGGACGGACACAUUGUGUUUUUUUUAAUAAUUCCGAUCCCGUGGAUCGUUUGUGAAGAUAAUAAAUCGCAACCGUUUUUCUCAGUUAUCGUCGCCCGACCGAGUGCGUUAGAUUACGCGCGGCUUCGUCCAUCCGACCAGCCCGACACAUCCGACGGAAUAGUCGGUCUUGACGAGCAACGAGAGAACUUCGACGUCCACGCUAUACCACCCCAGAUUGUGGUGUACGCGGGGUAUGUCAAGGCAGUGGUGCGAAUACAUUGGUGAUGAUUGAUAACCAGAAAUGCCGUCACCGAUACCAGUACAAUCGUCCUCGCCAACAGGUGGAGGCUUAGUGGACCGUGCCGCCGGAUGGACAACAGACACAUCGUCCGAGACAAACAGCGCAGCGAUUAGCAGCAACGCCGCCACCGCCGCAGCAGUUGUCGUGGCCGACAUGAGUCCAGAAGAAGAGCAGUCGAGCUCGCCGGUGACAGGCGUGAUCGCCGGCCGGGACGAUGAGGAGCGCCGCCUGACUUCACCGCCGUCGGGUAGUAAAUUCGACUCGGUGGCCAGUAAACCGGACGCCGAAUCUGAGUCGUGGGCGAAUAGCAGCGACGUGGAAAAGUUCGACGGCAAGAUUGUGUACAACCCAGACGGGUCGGCGUACAUAAUUGAGGAUAACAGUGAGUUGAGCGAAGAUGACGGUGUCGACCUUCCGUCCGAGCUCCUCGGAUCUGGAAGUAUCGUAGACGGCCGGGGCGUGAAUCUGUCGCAAGCCGAGGUAUUCCCGCAGAUCGCUAACGCGUUCUACGUGUCCCGGGCCAAUUACGGGGACCUGUACGAGCAGCAACAACAGCAGCAGACCAAUAGCGCACCAGCCGCCGCGGCCCUCAACAGGGUGUUCCAAGACAAGAAGAUAGUUCCUGAAGUGCCGGUGAUGCACAGCUACAGGGUGUACACUGUCCGGGACAAGACGGGUGCGUCGGACAACCGAACGCCGCCAUUGUCCAACGACUGUUCGACGGUACCCGUCAAGCCGAUACUCAUGUGCUUCAUAUGCAAACUGUCAUUUGGGUAUGCAAAGUCUUUCGUAGCACACGCCACCGGUGAACACGGCGUCACGCUUCAGGAGGACGAGUACAACAUACUUGGUCACAAGAACGCGUCAGCCAUCGUGCAAUGCGUGGGCAAGGAAAAGGAGCCGCUGGUGUCGUUCCUCGAGCCCUUGGCCCUGUCCGCAAACAAAGCUCAUACUCGGACCGCGUCCCCGUCCCAGUCGUCGUCGUCGUCGUCGCCGAACGCCGCUCACAAAGUUCCUAAUGCGUUUAUUAAUGACGGUAAUCGUUCCUCCUCCUCCGACGGCGGUGGCGGCAGCGGUGGCGACCAGAAAGGUUGUCCGGAAAGCCUGGUGGUGCACAGGCGCAACUCCACGCCGCCCACCUCUUCUCCGAGCGUCAAUACAGUUCCUGAGACGUCCGUCUCCCUACCUCAAUCUGGUAGUCCUAGAAGUAAUGUUAACUCGUUUAGUAUAAGUAAAAACAAUAAUUGUAGUAAUAAAGCCGCCGCAUCUGCAACUGGCGGCAGGUCCAAUAUGUACGAUUGUAUCAUGGACCUGACCAGGAAGAGUCCAAUAUCCGCGUUAGCCGUGUCGUCAGGUACGUCAGCCCGGAGCAACAGCGCAUCGCCAGGUGCUAGCCCGUCUCCGGGAACCACACUCAGCCCACAACUCAUUUCGGGCAGUGCCCCGUUAUCGUAUCCACAACCGCCGCCCAACUUCAUGACCGGCACUACAAUUGGCGUGUGUCCAGAUCACAUGAACGGUAGGCCCAGUGGAGUGGACUGUGCCAGGUGUGAGCUCAUUCUAAGUUCCUCGAGACUGGGUGGCGUUGGUGGGUCACUAGUUGGUAUGCACUCUAGAAACUCAUGUAAGACGCUUAAAUGCCCAAAAUGCAAUUGGCACUACAAAUACCAGGAAACGCUAGAAAUACACAUGAAAGAAAAACAUCCCGAAUCCGAGACGUCAUGCGUGUAUUGUAUCGCCGGACAACCGCACCCGCGGUUGGCUAGGGGUGAGACUUACACGUGUGGUUACAAACCGUAUCGCUGCGAAGUAUGCAACUACUCGACGACUACUAAAGGCAACCUGAGCAUACACAUGCAAUCCGACAAACAUCUUAACAAUAUGCAAGAGUUACAGAACGGCGGAGUUGCCGGCAAUGAGAUGCAAAGGCACCAAGCGUCGUCGCCGUCUCAGCACCCAAAACAGUCUUCGGCCAUGAGCCCUGGAUCGACGAGCAGCCAACAUCCAGCCAUGAACAGUCCAAUGAUCAAUCAGAAACCCAAACCUACGUUUAGGUGCGAGGUGUGCAACUAUGAAACGAACGUAGCCCGAAACCUUCGCAUACACAUGACCAGCGAGAAGCAUACACACAACAUUAUGGUUUUGCAGCAAAGCGUCAAACAUAUGCAGACGCUCAACGCUCUACAGACUCAUCACCAACAACAGAUGAACUUCGAGUCGCUAAUGCAUUUCCACCCGGGGCUCACGCUACCCGGUGACAAACCGCCGCCUCAUACCGAGGCAGCACUUGCUGACAUGGCUUACAACCAGGCUUUACUCAUACAAAUGAUGACCGGUGGACAGAUGCCGCCACACUUUGCGGGUGACGUGUCUCCUCACGUAGACACCGACAUCGGACUGAACCCAGAGACUAUGGAACCCCCACCCGAGCCGGUGGACAAAAAUCCAAACUUCAUGUUCCAGUGCAGCACGUGCAGUACUUUCGUCACGGACUCGUUGGAGACGCUAUCGCAUCACUUGUCCACCGACCGGACCAAAGUACGCGAACAAGAAAUACUCACUGUGGUGGCUGGAAACUACAUAUGCAACCUAUGCACGUAUAAGACGAACCUGAAAGCAAACUUUCAGCUGCAUUGCAAGACCGACAAACAUUUGCAGAGGCUGCAGCAUGUCAAUCAUGUGAAGGAAGGCGGACCACAGAACGAGUGGAAGCUCAAGUACAUGUCGUCACCCGGUGGCGUUCAAGUCAGAUGCAACGCGUGCGAUUACUAUACAAACAGCACGCACAAGCUACAACUCCACUGUUCCGGACAGAGGCAUGAGGCUGCCUCGCUGUUGUUCCGGUACCUGCGGGACAAUGACGCCGGUGACGCUUCCGUCUAUCACUGUUUGUUAUGCGAGUUCUCCAGCAAAGACAAAUUGCCACUAUUGCAACACGUUAGGACCGUAAAACACAUGCAAAUGGAGCAGCUGCACCAGAUGCAAAGGCGGUCUGACGGCAAAGAUAUACAAACUGACAUUAAUAUGGUGUUCCAAGUGACCAGUGCUCCUCAAACGUCCAUGUCUGUCGAUAGCGACCAAGAACAAGAUCGCGAAAACAAAGGAGACAACGAAAGUCCAAAUAUGUCUAUGGACGCAAUGAAAGCAGAAAGUUCUGAACAGUUCGAAUUAGACUCCAAUCUCAACUCGCCAAAAAUAACCGAAGGUCAAGAACAAUUAACUCCGACCGACCAAAAGAAAAACGAAUUGUAUUGUCCACUUUGCCAAGACGUUUUCGAAGAUUUAAUCAAUUUCGAAAAACAUUUAAUGAAUAUUCACAGUGUAAACUCCGAAGGUCUCCAACGAUUGUUAAGUUUAGUCAACCAAUCGCAUUGGCUGAACUCAUCAAAAUCUUCACAACAGAGUCCUCCUCAUACUUCAACUAGUCCACCGUCGCCUGACUUAGACAAAUCAAUUGAAAAAUCUGACGAAAUCCAAGAUCAAGAUACUGAUGAAAAUAAAUGUCCAACUUGCCAAAAAGUGUGCAAAAAUAUUGAUGACUUGUGUCAACAUCAAAAUGAUACUGGCCACGUCGAAAUCAAACAAACACCAAACGGACCGGGUUACCUGUGCUGGAAAAAAGGUUGUAACCUAUAUUUUACUACAGUGCAAAAUUUACAUAUUCACUUCCGCGAAGUGCACGCCGGACAGCAAAACAUUCUUGUGUCCGAAAAACACGUUUACAAAUACAGAUGUAACCAAUGCAGUUUAGCGUUCAAAACACUUGACAAAUUACAAGCGCAUUCCCAAUAUCACGCCAUAAGAGACCUAACAAAAUGUAUAUUGUGCAGACGGAGUUUCAGGACUGUUGCCACGUUUCAAAAACACUUGCAGACCGCCCAUCCAGAUCUAGCGCAAGCUGACCUUGAAGCGUUAAAGCAAAACUCCAUGCUCCAAUUUGAACAGUCAGCUGACGAAAAAAUGGAAAUCGACGAGUCCGUUGACGACGAAGAAGAGAAGGACGAAGAACCUGAAUGUGACAAUAGUGACGAUUCGAUCGCGUUCAAGCAACAGCAAUUGAUUGAAGAUUACAUGAACGGACAGACACUAGCUGAAGACGGGUACAAUGAUUCGGAAAGAAAGUACAAGUGUCACCGGUGCAAAGUGGCAUUCACCAAUCAGAAGUACCUGACGCAUCACAACAAAACGCUUUUGCAUCGCAAAGGUGAAAAACAAACUUAUCCAAUGGAAAAAUACCUCGACCCUAACCGUCCGUUCAAGUGCGAAGUAUGCAAAGAGUCAUUUACGCAAAAGAAUAUACUUUUGGUGCACUAUAACUCUGUACUUCAUUUACACAAGCUAAAGCGAUCUAUGCAAGAGCAACAGCAACAGCUAAACAAUAAUAACACACCUAUCGUAUCAAACAAUUCAUCUUUCGCCGCCGUGAAUACGUCUAAGACGUCGGGCUCAACGUCGGAAGAUGACGACAAAAAACCGUACAAGUGUAACAUAUGCAAAGUCGCUUACACACAAGGGUCGACACUGGACAUUCAUAUGAGAUCAGUCUUGCACCAAACCAGAGCUUCAAAGCUGCACGAUCUUGCAUUGGCCGGACAAGUAGACUUGACCAAACCAAUAAUCGAGCAACCGGAACAGGGCAGUAGACCACCAUCACAAAACCGACAAGAUGCCGAAAGUCAAGCGUCCAGCAAAGAUGAACAACAACAAUUACAACUACCACAACAACAACAGCAGCAGCAACAACAACAACAACAACAACAACAAAACCACCACCAAAAAGGUAACCAGCUAAGCUGUCAGCGAUGCAAUGCUUUGUUUUCGAACCAAGAUCAACUUAACACUCACCAACAGCUGUACUGCAUGUUCGGAACUCCGAUGAAUAUGUUGCCGAUGAAUCCGACGCUAGCUUUUGCGGCCAAUAACUUGAGUGCUGCCGUGCAAGGGCCAAAAUCACCGUCGCAGCAGUUAACGCUGACCGAAGAACAACUGUUAAAAGUGCCAUUGGCGCUGCAAGGUAAAAAACACUCACACAUGUACAAGCUCUUGGAGAGCUAUGGGUUUGAUCUAGUGAUGCAAUUCAAUGAAAACCACCAAAAACGAAAGGAAAAUGAAAAGUUGCUGCAAGAGCUUACCGCCCAGAUAGAAAUGGAACAGCAGGCAAACGCCGUCAAAGAGGAAAUUAAUGAAAUUAAUGAAGAAGAUACCGGUGACUUGCCAGAAGUUGCUAAGUCGACAUGCGUGCAUUGUAAUAAGGAGUUUUCCAGCGUGUGGGUGCUAAAAGCUCAUUGUGAAGAAGUACACAAGGACCUAGUGCCGUUCGAUUUUCUUGAGAAGUAUGCCAAACAGAUUAAAUGUGAGAUUGAAAAGAAGGGUAACGAACCGCCAACUGUCAACACGACCACAUCAUUGUCAUCAUCAACAUCUGUGUCCACUACUACAACGCCGACGGCCAGGAUUGGUUCGCCGUCCGAGGAUGUGUCCGUGAAGACAGAAAAUGAUCAGGACAUCGAAGCACAAACAGAUAACGCUGAUUACAUGUCUAACGCUGCUACAUCGUCAACUGGUGAACCGUCAAACGUUAACAUGUCCGGUGUGCCACCGAACAUUCCUUUGUCGGGCCAACACUUGAAUGAAAUGCAAGCGGCGUUCAAUGCGAUGGCCGCUUCGCAGCUUACUCAACAGCUACAACAGUUUAAUCCUAUGAUGGUGGCCAGUAUGGCCGGUCUUGGUAUGGGGCUUCCUUUGGGCCUCAACAUGCAAGCGCUCGCCGCUAUGAAUCUUCAACCACCGUUGGUCCCAAUGAUGAUGCCACCACCAAAUUUCGAAUCUAUAAUGAGUUCGCAACAAAAUACGAUUUUUCAACAACAACCCGCCGCCAUAGACCCGACUGGUAUCUUGGCUAAACAACAACAGUUACUCCAACAACAGCAACAAGUGCAACAAAAUUCGCAACAAAAACGAGCGAGGACACGCAUCACUGAUGAUCAAUUGAAAAUCCUACGUGCUCAUUUUGACAUAAACAAUUCUCCAUCUGAAGAUCAAAUUCAAGAAAUGGCUAGCCAAAGUGGUCUCCCUCCUAAAGUCAUCAAACAUUGGUUCAGAAAUACAUUGUUUAAGGAAAGACAAAGAAAUAAAGAUUCUCCGUACAAUUUUAAUAAUCCACCAUCAACCACAUUAAAUUUGGAAGAAUACGAGAAAACGGGUGAAGCGAAAGUGAUGCCUCUUACUCAACCUCUACCAAUAAUUGAAAACACUGACGUUAUGGUCAUUAAAGAAGCACCUAAGACACCUACGUUCGCAAAAAAGAAGCCUCUACAGACCAGCACUCCAAAUAAUAACACUGUUGUGCGAGCACAAAGUCAAACGCCCACAUUUCCACAACAACAGACAUUCGCUCAAAACUUUUCGAGACCGUUCACCACACAACCAAUGGAGUCUCCGGUGAAGAUGGAGUCACAAGUUAAACCGGAACUGAAAGAUGCCGAAACCAGUCAACCCGAAACGAAAUUUCCAUGGGGCAAUCCCGAGUCUCCGACCAAACGUAGAGAUUCGGUUGAAGAAAAACAAAACUUGUACCUCCAUCACGAUAGAGGGUCCCCACUUGAUUUAAACGCGGCUGAAAAUCUCACUUUGUCCUCGAUACUCACUUCUCAACAUCAAGAAAUAAAUAUGUCAAAUGCGAUUUCUACCAGUAAUAUGCUACCACCGAAAAUAUCUGCAUCGAGUUUUACGUCACCGCCACAAAUGUCGGUAACUACACAGUCAGGCCCAAGGAGCAUUAGCCCUGGUAGAUCUCCUAAUUCAUCCGAUGGGUUUCCGCAUUCAAUCAUGAUGAACCAGAGCAGCGGUGGUUCCGGUGGUUCUACUUCAUCUGGUAAAAGAGCAAAUAGAACCCGUUUUACAGACUGCCAGAUCAAAGUGCUUCAAGAGUUCUUUGAAAACAACGCUUAUCCAAAAGACGAUGAUCUCGAGUAUCUAUCUAAAUUGUUGAACCUGAGCCCGAGAGUGAUUGUUGUGUGGUUCCAAAAUGCCCGUCAAAAAGCUAGAAAAGUUUACGAAAACCAGCCAGCUGUAGAACCUGCACCAGGUAUUGUUGAAGAGGGAUCAAAUCGAUUUCAAAGAACACCUGGUUUGAAUUAUCAGUGUAAUAAAUGCCUGUUAGUGUUCCAGAGAUAUUAUGAACUUAUUAGACAUCAAAAGACGCACUGUUUCAAAGAAGAAGACGCUAAAAGGUCAGCUCAAGCCCAGGCAGCGGCCGCCCACAUUGCAGCUGCACUGAGUUCCGAAGAUUCCAACUCGAGCACUGUAGAAAAUCAUCAAGGACAAAGUGCCAAUUCUAAUCCGAUGACUCCGAAUCCAACACCAACUCCGAGUUUGACGUAUCCAACGUCACCGAUUCAAACGUCAUCUUCACAUGACAAAGAAAAUGUUUACAACUGCGAACACUGUAAUUCGGUGUUUACAAAACUUGACCAAUGGAAAGAACACCAACAAGUUCAUCUAAUGAACCCAAAUUUGUUCCCUACAUAUCAUCCUGAAAGUGCUUUCGGGAUUUUACAACAACAAGCACAAUUACACCAACAACAACAGCAGCUCCAACAACAACAAUCCCAGUCCCAACAAAUGAGUGGUUCGUCCGAAAUGAACGCUAACCCUACAUCAUUGAUUUUGUCCAUGAUGCAACAAAAUAGCAAAAGAACAUUUGAUGAAUUUGACGACCAUAGUGACAAAGAAACAGAGUUCACCAAAGACAAACGCUUGAGGACUACUAUUUUACCCGAACAGUUGGAUUAUUUGUAUCAAAAAUAUCAAAUCGAAAGUAAUCCAUCUAGAAAAAUGUUAGAAAGUAUUGCACAAGAAGUGGGUCUAAAGAAACGCGUGGUCCAAGUGUGGUUCCAAAAUACCAGAGCCAGAGAGCGAAAAGGUCAGUUCAGAGCUCAUUCGCAAGCGAUCAAUAAGAGAUGUCCGUUCUGUUCUGCUAUUUUCAAAAUCAAAUCAGCAUUAGAAUCGCAUUUGCAAACCAAACACCCGGAACAGUGUUCCAGAGGAUACAUUAACGUAGAUAACAUUCCGGAUGAAGAUGUCAGUAUGGACUCGUUCGCGUCAUCCCAGAUGAGUGAGAUUGGGCAAAAGAACCAGACUUAUGCGCCGAAUCCGUACUAUCAGAAUGCGGAUGACGUGGAAAACUUGGGUAAAAUGUACCAAGAAUCAUUGAAGAGAUACAUGGAGGAGAUGCAACAGUCAACCAUGCAAAACGGUGUUCUGUCCGAGGGUGGCGAGAAAACCAAACCGGAGGGAGACAGUCCGUUGGAUCUGAGCAAGCCUGUGGAUUUACGUAUGGAUCAAGAGCAAGACGAUGAUGAAGACAGCAUGUCAGAGUGCACUGAUAUUAUGGAUGACGAAAGUCCAGCGUCGCCGGCGUCCAGCACUCAGAGCGGACAGCAGAGAUUAAACGCUCCGGGUGGCAGCAGUAGCAGUCAAAACAAACGGUACCGGACGCAGAUGAGUAACGUGCAAGUAAAAGUGAUGAAAGCACUAUUUGAUGACUAUAAAACCCCUACAAUGGGUGAAUGCGAGAUGCUAGGUCGUGAGAUCGGCUUGGCAAAGCGCGUGGUUCAGGUGUGGUUCCAGAACGCACGGGCUAAGGAAAAGAAGUACAAGCUGCAGACGAAGCAAAACCCAGAGCUGACUGGGCCACCGGACGAGUGCAAAUAUUGUCGAUUCAAAUAUACACACAAGUACUCCGUCCAGGACCACAUAUUCACCAGCCGACACAUUGCCUUGGUAAAGCAGCACGUGGAGAGCCGCAUGUCGGUGUCCGACAUGUCGGGCAACUGCAGUGACGGUGAUUUCACGGUGCCGCCCACUCCAGGCGACCCACACAACAACAACCUACCCAACCAGCAAGUCAACCAGCUGCAGAUGCUCCAGCUGGCCGGGCUCAUUGGCCAGUCGCCCGUGGCGCAGGCUGUGGCCAUGGCCACCAUUGCGAAAUUGGAUGGCAAGGACCAGUCGCAGAUGACCGCCGAGGAGCUGGCUUUGUUGCCGCAUCUGUACAACCUGGGCGUGAGUUUCCAGCAAGGAUUCAUGCACCCGGGCACAGCCAUGAUGACGUCGCCAGCUUCGGGCGUUCCUAGCACCACAGCGGCCACGACCAACGGUAUGCGCACGACGGCCAUCGCGGCGGCAGCAGCAGCAGCGGCGGCCGCGGCAGCCUCGGCCGGCAACACGUCCACGGGCACCAUGACGCCGGCCGCGGGCACGCAAGAACACCAGCAACAGCAACAGCAACAGUCCGGGCCGUCCGGCACUCCGGUGCGCAUGCUCCAACUCGACCAGUCGGUGAUCCAGGCGAUCGCCGACCGGUGCAGGACGGUGCGCCCCGACCAGACGGCCGUGGUCGAGGUGGCGGCCACCGUGCCGGCCUCCGAACUGCCGGCCGAGGGUUACGCCAUCGACGGCGGCCGGACGGUGGGCCACGCGUGCGCCAAGUGCCAGCUGGCGUUCCCGGACAACGGGGGCCUGGCCGCGCACCAGCAGCGCGACUGCCGCACCACCGGUUCCGUGGCCCUGGCCCAUCCGGCGUACGGUUGCCGGUCGUGCGGCAUCGGCGCCAACGGCGAGACCAACACGUACGGCACGGUGCACGCCCUGCGCGCGCACAUCGAGACGGCUCACCGCGGUUACGGUCAGGCCGCCCCGUCGGUCGCCGCCCGACACCAGCAACAACACCUGCAGCAACAGCAACAGCAGCAGCAACACCACCACCACCAUCACCAUCACCUGCAGCAGCAACACCAACAGCAGCAACACCAGCAACAGCAGCAGCAGCAGUUGCACAUGCAACAGCUCCAACCGUCGCCCAACCUGUCGGACGAGAUGGAGGACGUGGUGAACCAGAUCACGGCGCUGGCCGCGGCCAAGGCGGUCGGCCGCAGCCCGUCGCCGCGCGACCUCAACAGCGACUCCAACGCCAAUCUGUUUUGCGCGCCGUCCGCCGACAAGAAGUCGUCCGGCGCCGCCGCCGCGGCCACGGCCAAGAUGCACAAGUUCACAGCUCCGCCGGCUGCGUGCAACGUCGCGCCCGUCAGCAGCGGCCAAUAACCGACCACCGAUCAACGUGAAUCCCGACCACCGUCGACCGCGGCCGAAGACUGCUCUCCGGCUUUUGGGCCGCCGCCGAGUCGACCACUACGACAAAACGUGUUAUGUGUAAAACGUAUGUAAUGUGUGUGUAUGUAUAUUAUUAUUAUUAUGAUUAUUAUUAGUAUUAUUUAAUUUAUUUAUUUAUAUUAUAUUAUUAUUGUGUAAACUUACCCAAAGUUCCUUUUCGACACACUCAUGUUCCUGGGGAGAGGACUUUUUUCUGUUUUUUUUUUUUUUAUAUAAUAAUUUUCGAUUUUUUGUUAUUGCGAUUUUCCUUGCACUCAAACGAUAAUAAUAUAAUACACUAUAUAUAUAUUAUCCGCCGCACCAACACGCGCUGCGCGUACUGUUUAUAAAAUGUCGGAUAAACAAUAUUAUUGAUUAAAAAAAAAAAAAAUCAGCAUCACGCCUCUCCCCUUUUUUUGCGCGUCCCGUCUUAAAAAGUUGUGUAUAAAGCAAACAAUUUCUACGGUCUUUCGUUUCCUCACUAUUUCUUUUUUUUUUCAUCUCAAAAAAGGUUCGUAGUUCCUCGUAUUAAGAAAAAUCACUAACGAAAAGAAUUAAUUAUUUAUGUGUGUAUAAAAAAAACAAAAAAAUACGAUAACUGAAAGUUCCUUUACGCUACUUGUUUGUUUGUUUGUUUGUUUAUUUAUUUAUUUAUUAUUAUAUUAUUACUAUUAUUAUACUAUUUAAUAGUAUUAUAUAGGUUUUUUUCAUAUUAUUAUUAUUAUUAUUAUUAUAAUUUUUUUUUUAUUGACGCCGUUAAAAAAAAGAUACGUUCGGUUUUUUGGAAACUACUCAUGAAAAUAUAAUAUGAUAUUAUAUGAAACUAAAACGUACUUAACUCGAUUGCACGAGUUAUUAUGAAAUGAUGUAAAAUUUAGCGCAAUCAUUUAUGGUCGCUUAGUAUUUCUUAGCAUAUGUUUAGAGUAUAUAUAAAUACGUAUAUAUAUAUAUAGGUUUGUGUAAAUAUGAAAAGAGAGUACGGAAAGAUUAAACCGAAAAAAUCAUCAUUAGGUUUUAAGUAUUGUAAUGCAUUUCUACAAUUAUUAUUAUUAUUAUUAUACGUUUUAGGUAGGUAAUUUUAUUUAAUGAAUAUUUAUUGUAUUCAAAAUUAUUAUUGAUAUUAAGUCAAGUAACAAACACCUCGCUAUAAUUGUGCUGUAAUAAUUUUAAUUAAUUUAAUGAAUUAGCAAUCGAUAAAUAUUAUAUAAAUAUAUAAAUAUAUUUAAAUAUAUGCCCUAUUUUAAUUGAAUAAACUCAUUAUAAUUAUAUAUAAUAUAUCAUUAAUGUUUGAAGACAAAAUAAAAUAAUAUUAUAGUAUGUUAAGGCAGUGUUUCUAGAUGUGUAAAAAGAGAAAAAAAUUAACAACAUACUAACAAACUUAUUUUAUAAUAAUGCUCCCCAAUCUAAUAUUAUGUUUUCUUUAUUCACUUUGUUUCGGCAUUCUUGUGUUUCUUCGGAACGGAAAAAAUUUUUACGUUACUCCCCCAACGGUUUUGGUUACUAUAACCGAUUUCUUUUCGGGAGACCGAUAUACAUAUUAUAUAUAUAUAUAAAAACUAUCUUUUUAUUUCGUAUACGUAAUAAAAAUAUGUAUACACUCUAAUUUUUUAAAAAAAUUUCGGGGGGCGUGGACCGAGUGUCCUUUGAAUUGUUGGCACCAAAGGGCCCGCGAUCCCCGUUGCCCCCCGGCGGCCCCCCUUAUGUCCCCAACCGUCCCCUACAUUACCCCCCCCCCUCCUAACCCGAUCCGAUCACCCACGAUAGUCACAAGUGCUGUACUCGCCGGAACUGCAAAAAAAAAAAAAAUCAAUCAAUCAAUCAUAUUAUAUGUAUCUAUAUUUUCUAAAUUAUCUAAUACGAAUAUAAUAAUAAUAUGAUUUAAAUUAAUUUUUAUUAUCGUAUACAAUAAUUUGCAUAUAUUACACAACCGUUCGUCGGAUCCAAUGACCCAGACACUUCCGGUCCUAUACAUACCACACGAUAUUAUUUUCAUCGACCGCCAAGAAACUCGAGUCGAAAGCGUUCCGGCGGGAUACCCGCACACACCACACACACUAAAUACGCCUGUAUAACGAUAUUAUUAUUACAUGGGUUUCCGCACUAAUCGAGGCAAGACACGAAAAACACAAUCGUCCCAUUGCUCCGAGACACGCGUUUCCAGUUUUCCACUCUCUCCACACCUCCUCUCACACGCAAAUAACCCGUCUCCGUCCUAAUCCUAACCCUCCUCAUUUGCCCCCCCCCCACCCCCUGGAUCAGCAGCCGGUAGGCCGGUGAAGUCUUCGUCGCUGGGAGCGAGACUUGACGGCGCCGUCCAAUGCCGCCGACGCUGCGGCCGCCGCGCACAUACUCUCCACGCACGGAGGAGCCAGUAAUCGGCGCGGCAGUAACACGGCCAGCGACGGCGGACGAGACGGCGCACCCCGUCCCCGGAAAAACGUUUUAAGCGCGCGCACCGCCCCACAAACACACUUACACAAACCAACACGCCAUCCGCCCGCACGUUGGGCACUGUAUCGCGAUAGUAUAUUCGCCGUUCAAAUAAUUCGUCACACCACUCUCCUCUUCCCCCCCUAACACCAUCACCACCACCACUCGUGGGCGCGAGCGCGCGACAAGAUGAAAACGGAAAAACGAGAAAAACCACGAAAAGCGAAAAAAAAAACAACAAACAAAAAAAACAACUUUAAAACGAUAUCCAUUGUCGCGCCCUCCGCGACAACCGAUAUCCACUCCCAGCAUUCAAGGUUCCUAUAUUUAGCUGACAUAUGUACUAAGGUUCCUGUUUUAUUAUAUAAAAAAUAUUAUUAUUAAUAUAUAAUGAAUAAAUUUAAUUUAAAUGAUAAUGAUUAUAUAUUAUAUAUUAAACAUUAUAAUAAUUAUUAUUAAAUAUAACAUAAAAACAAAAAAAAAGUUUUAAGAAAAGUAUAAAAUUAAUACUAAUGCUUUUUUUUCUAUAAAUAUAUAUAAAAAUAUAUAUUUAAAAUUAAAAAAAAAAUAAAAUUAUACAAAAAAAAAAACAAAAAUAAUAACGAUUAACAUUUGAUUAAUUACGACUAUUUUAGUAGUAUUAUUUUAUUAUUAUUAUUAUUAUUAUUAUUAUUAAACGUCUAAGGCAAACAAUUAUAUGAAUGUAUCAUUUUACUAUUAGAGUUAUACUAAACGUGUGCAUUGUUGGUGUUUUUGUUUCUCUUUUUUAUUUGAACAUUAUUUUUUGUUUUUAUUUAUAGUUUGUCAUAAUACCGUAUACAACCCGCCCUCGUACGCAUACAUGUAACAGUCACGUUCUCACCCACCCCCUCCUCCCCUACCCGACACCUCCCCGACAGAAUACAAUCACAAAAAUCGUUCAUUUUAUAAUGUACCCAUAAUAUAUUGUAAUAAAUUGUAAUAAAAAGUGUAAUAUCUACUGGUCACGGUGGCGGUGACAUCGUCUCUCGGACGUAUUAUUAUCAUGUUAUGUUUUUGAUUUCUGUCUAACUAUUUUUUAACCUGUUUUGUAUAACUCGCAAUAUAAGGACAAACGCAAUAUCGAUUUUUGGAAUUGUUUUUUUUUUUUCAUUUGUAUUUGUAUUUUUUUUUUUUAUCCUAUUCGAAAUAAUGUAUAAUGUGUUAAUUAUAUAUAAUCACCGCCUACAAUAACGUACGAAUUGUGUACGUACGUAACCCAUAUAUAUAUAAUAUUUUAAUGUAUUAUUAUUAUUGUGAUUAUUGUUUUUCCACGUUGUUGUUAUUGUGUAAGUAGGUACGUCAACCGCCGCCGUGCAUUAUAAUAUUUUCUUUACCCUAGACGAGUGCAUAUAUAUGACACGAAUGACGAUGUGCCGGUCUCGCCGAGUCCAGGUAUAAUAAAGUCGGUUCGUGUAUAUACAUGGUCACUCGCAACACCCUCCGACGAAACCCCCUCAACCCCCGCCACCCGACCAUCCCCUAUGUGUACGCUCCUAUAUUAUGUACUAAUGUAUUUAUUUGUCGUUUGACGGAAUAAUAAAAUUAUAAAAAAUAAAAACCCACUGCGGUAUCACACAAUGUUUUACACGAUUCUUGUAUUAAAAUUGUAGUCUACAAAUUUGGUCUAAA